GGCCCCCUCAGGGCGCUGGAGGCGGGUCUUCCGGCUCGCGCGGCGCAUGCGUGGAAGUGCGUCCCCGGAAGUACAGACUCAACCGGGGAAAAAGACCGGAAGCAGGGAAGGCGAUCACCUACUCUCCCUACGGUGGCCUGAGGGAGAGGCGAAGGCGGCGUAGGAGAAUUUAUCCUUUCUGGGAGUCACAGUCGCGAUGUCUUUCAAGAGGGAAGGGGACGACUGGAGUCAGCUCAAUGUGCUCAAAAAACGAAGAGUCGGAGACUUGCUGGCCAGUUACAUCCCAGAAGAUGAGGCGCUGAUGCUGCGGGAUGGACGCUUUGCCUGUGCCAUCUGCCCCCAUCGACCAGUCCUGGACACCCUGGCCAUGCUGACCGCCCACCGUGCAGGCAAGAAGCAUCUGUCCAGUCUGAAGCUUUUCUAUGGCAAAAAGCAGUCGGGCAAGGAAACAGCGCACAGCCCAAGACAGCAGAGUGAGCUGAAGACAGCCAGCGAAGCGGAGGCUCCUUUGCUAACCCAGACUCGAUUAAUCACACAGAGUGCUCUGCACAGAGCUCCCCACUAUAACAGUUGCUGCCGGAGGAAGCACAGACCAGAAGCCCCUGCCCCCUCCGUGUCCAGUUCUCCGUCGCCAGCCCCAGAGGUUGGACUCCAGAGCGCAAAGAUCAGUCGGGAACCUGAGCCUAGGGCAGGAUCGCAUGCCAAAGAGUCGUCAGCUCCCCUGGCCUCUGCACCCAUGAGCCCCACAAAACGACGCGUCCUGAACCAUUACCUUACCCUCCGAAGCUCUGGAUGGGUCCCAGAUGGACAAGGUCGAUGGAUAAAGGAUGAAAAUGUUGAGUUUGACUCUGAUGAGGAAGAACCCCCUGACCUCCCCUUGGACUAAUGAUCCCUCUCCCCAUUUGUUCCACAAAUAAACUACAGUGGGGCCUGGGAUCCUAA